ACCUGGUGCAGAGUUUCCCCGGAAAACGCGUAGAGAAUAAAAAUUAAAGUCGUGUGCAACCUGGGGACGUUUUCUUUCCGUUACGAUAAUAGGUUUGGUUCGAGGUUAUUUUGAUUCGAGGUUGAAAUAAAAUGACGUCAUGUUACGGCAGAAAUGCUUACGUUCCGGACCGUACAAGAAGGUAUUUUUACAAAACAUCAUCUGUAAUUAUGACGUGAGGACACCCAGGCGUGCAAAUCGUUAUGGGAGGCACACAAAGCGCUUCAUCAGCAGAUGCCUCGUUGCCAGGGCAACCGCAUCAUUCAAGUGAUGAUAUCCCAUACACAUCCUACUCAGUUGAUAGAAAUGGUAUCAGAGACUAUGCACAGAUCUCUGGCAAGACAAACUCCCCAGCAAAAUCUUCCCCCAACAAGGCAAAGAAUCGUACCUCCACUGGAAGCCCUGCCCACAACAUAGUCGUGGUCGCCGAGGGGACAACCCCGAGUGAGGAUGCACGCUUAGCGUCAGAGCUGCAGAAGAUGAGAGACAUACCAACAUUCAUGCCCCUCAUCAGGGGUGCCCCUUCACUGACCAGCAUGGAGGAGGCCAAUGCAAUGGACAAGCUAGAUCAUAGGCAGUUGCUUCUAUUAUGCCUGAGGUACCAGCAACAUCUGAAGCAGUGUAGCGAAGCCGUGUCCUUCGACCAGAAUGUCAUCACCAACAGAAUCAAAGAGGUAGACACCGAGGCCAAUGUCAUGACCAACCUGCUCUUUGAACGGCAGAGGCGGUACGCCAAGCUGGCAGAGCAGAUACAGAAGAUCAACGAGAUGUCCUUCACUCUGCAGAAGGUGACCAAGAACGUCAACCAGCUGAUCCCGCUGAUGGAUCGCCUGAACAAUGUCCUGCCAGACGAAGAGAGACUAGAACCAUUUCUGAUGAGGAAGGAGAGUAAGAGUUGAGGCUGGCUUGCUGCUUCUUUGCGAUAGCAAGACUUUUUGUUUGGGACGAGACUGCAUCAUCAGGGGUUCGGACUUGAAGGGGUUCGGACUUGAAGGGGUUCGGACUUGAAGGGGUUCUGCAAUUGUUUACCUUUUGAAGAAACUAUCCAAGAAAAAUGUAUGUUAACUUUACAAAUGGCUUCAUGGUAAAUCAUGGAAACGAAAAAGGGACACCCACAGCAUUUAUGUUUUCCAUGGUUUGAUUCAACGCCUGUUAAACAUACUGUAGCAAUUUGCCACCUUGUCAAGUUUGUCCGUGCUGCAACCACUGCCUCUGCAUCAAGCUGUCUGUUAAGUAAUCAGUGCUGCUGUUCAGUUCUCUCAAAUACUAAUCAAAUUUUUAGAUUGUGUCCAUCCACCAACCAGCCCAUCAUCGGCCAACCAAGUGUUGGCAAACUUCUGGCAAACACUUGCCGAGGUGAUGCUGCUUUGCUGCGUCGCAGUACCAAUAAUGACAGAGCAAAUUUGUUUCAAUCACAGAUAAAGGUUUUGCUCAUUUCUAUAGUGUUCAAUGAGUUAACACUUGGAGUUAUGCAUACACAUGUCAAUAAAGCAUAAUUUUUUUGAACACACAAAUGGAAUUUGGGUAUACUCUUGUAUACAUGUACAUCCAGAACUUUUUUUGUUGGGGGGGGGGUGUACGUGGUCAAAUCUAAGUGACAUGUUAACAGUACAUUCCAUUGAGUAUCGUGUACAUGUAUAAACUCAAGGUGCUACAUUUCAUUUCCCCCGUACAUAGGACAAAGUGUACCUGGAUUCAUGCUCCAAAUCUCCCUUUUCAUGGGGUUGCAUUGUAUUGUGUAAUCCCACUUCCUGACUUUGUGGUAGCUCUUGGUAAAUGCUAGUGUGCAAUAGUGGCACACCAACUACAAAGUGAAAAUGAAAGUGUUAUAAAUUGUAUAAAAAUAAGAGAUUCUUUUUUAUUUAAUGAUGUAUGUAAAGCUUGUUUUCUUUUAUGGAUUAAAUAAAAUUAAAUCAAGC